CCCUCUCAUCUUUCACAGCAAAGCGGCGUUCCAGGGGUUAAAAUGGGCAAGCUGAGUAGAAGUGAAAUCGUAGGUGGAGAUCAUAUUUACAGUCCAAGGAGAGGCUACGACCACCACGGUAUUUAUGUUGGGGAGAAUCAAGUGAUACAUUUUACAAGCUCCCCACAAGGCACGUUUUCUGCAAGCUCGAGUGCUAUGUUUGGUCCGUGCUCUGUUUGCGGCUUCCAUGGCGGAAUGAGUGGAGUAGUGCAAACCUGCUUAGAUUGCUUUCUGGACGGAGGAGAUUUACAUCGAUACAAAUACGGAGUUGAUGUGUUGCUUACAUUACUUUCUCCAAGACGUAAGACUCACACCUCAGAUUCCCCAGAAAUUGUAAUUCAGCGUGCAAGGAAGCUGCUCGAACAAGGGUUUGGAAAAUACGAUACAGUUUCUAACAAUUGUGAGCACUUCGCUCUCUACUGCAAGAUCGGACGUCAUAUUUCAUGUGCACAAGUAGAGUCUAUUAUAGCUAAUGUUGGAGUAAGUGCUGCUGGUUUUGUAAUUAAUCCGCUAUUGGGUGCUGGAUUGCUAUCCAUUUAUGCCUAUAGACGCCUACGAACUGAUUGGUGAGGCAAGCAUCCAUGUGUAUUGUUAUAAACCGAAAAAAUAAAACUUUAAUCUAGCCUAAUUC